AUGGCACCUCAAUCGCAUCUUCAACCACCAUCACCGCCGGCUCCCGGCGCAGGUCUCAAUGUGAUCGCCCUCAUCUCUGGCGGGAAAGAUUCGCUCUACUCGCUCCUCCACUGCAUCCGCAACGGCCACAAAGUGGUCGCAUUGGCGAACCUCCACCCCGCAGCCCACGCGCAGCCCACCACCACCACCACUCCUACUACUGCCACCAGCACCGACCCAUCAUCAGCACCAUCAUCGACCCCGUCCCACCAUGUCCCCGAAGAAGAGGAACAAGACCUGGACAGCUUCAUGUACCAAACCAUCGGCCACAGCAUCAUCCCCCUCUACGAGACCGCCCUCGGCAUCCCGCUGUACCGCCAACCCAUCCGCGGCGGCGCGGUCGACACCUCCCGGAUCUACCGCCUACAAGCCGAGGACCAAAUGGCGGACACUCCCGGCCGCGACAACAGCAACAACAUCGACAACAACAACAACGACACAAACAACCCCGAGGACCGCGAGGAGGAGCAGGAGGAGGAGACCGCCGACGAAACCGAAUCCCUGAUCCCGCUGCUGAAACGCAUCAUGCAGGCCCACCCGGAGGCCAACGCCGUCUCCGCCGGCGCCAUCCUCUCGACGUAUCAGCGCACCCGCAUCGAGAACGUCGCCGCCCGCCUGGGGCUGGUGCCCCUGGCCUGGCUGUGGCAGUACCCCGUGCUGCCGGAUCGCCGGGCGACGGACGCCGGCCUGCUCGAGGAUAUGGCGGCGGCCGGGUGCGAGGCGCGGAUCAUCAAGGUGGCGUCCGGUGGCUUGGAUGAAGGGUUCCUGUGGGGGGAUGUGGCGGCGGCGGAUGGGCGGGUGCGGGGGCGGAUCGUGAAGGGGAUGCGGCGGUUUGCGGACGCGGAGGAUAUCCGCGGCGCUGUGCUGGGGGAGGGCGGCGAGUAUGAGAGUCUGGCGCUGGAUGGGCCGGCGUGGUUGUGGAGGUAUCGGAUUGAGGUUGCUGGGUGGGAGGCUUGUGUUGGGGAUGGCGGGGUGGGAUUUGUGAGGUUGAAGGGGGCGAGGUGUGUGGGGAAGGAUGGGGAGGGUGAUCGGGGCGGUCCGGAGAGGGUGAGGCGGCCGGAUUUGUUGGAUGAGGGGUUCGAGGAGGUUUUGGGGCCUGUCUUGGGGGGCGAGGAUGCGUUGGUUGCUAUGGGGGAUGAAGAGGAGGAGAGGAGCCUGCAUAGUGUGGGCUCGAGGGUCUGGAGUGAUGGGCUUGAGCCGGUUCAGACUACGGAAGGGAGGACGUGGGUGAUCGCUAAUGUCACGGCGCUUGAGGCUGGCCCUGGUGCUGGUGAACAGAUGAAGGCUAUUGCGGAGAAGUUUCAGACGAUUCUGCGCUCCUCCUCGAGCCGUGAGGUCCCUCGGACGACGGCUGAUAUUGUCUUCACAACGGUGUUGCUCCGCUCCAUGUCAGAUUUCCCCCUGAUGAACUCCAUCUACGUCUCGAUGUUCAAGAAGCCAAACCCCCCGGCGAGAGCUACGGUGGCCUGUGGUGCUAGCCUCCCAGAAGGCGUGAAUAUCAUGGUGUCCGCGGUGGUGGACUUGGGUUCGAGGGAGCAGCGGCAAGGCCUUCAUGUCCAGUCGCGUUCUUACUGGGCCCCGGCCAAUAUUGGGCCAUACUCGCAGGCCAUGUCGGUACCUCUGCAGGGCCCCGAGCAUUUGGUGUACAUCGCUGGCCAGAUCCCUCUCGAGCCGGCCUCGAUGGAGAUAUAUGGCCUCGAGGAGACGUGGUUCAAGGGCUUUUCUUCGCGAGCGGUCCUGUCUCUUCAACAUCUAUGGAGGAUUGGUGUGGCUACGAACGUGGACUGGUGGCUGGGAGCUGUCGCUUUCCUGGCGGGAGCCGAUCAUAUCAGAGAGAGAGCCAAGAUAGCUUGGAAUCUGUGGGAAACGAUGCAUAGCAAUCAAGAAGAGGAAGAGGAUGCCGAAGACGAGUCGGGUCUGGAUGCGUGGGACCUCAAGUAUGGUGGACGCGCCCACGAGCAGGUCAAGGGUGUCUCGAAACCCGGACUACCGCGGUUCGACGUGGUGCAGUCGGAGGGAUCUAUGACCCCUGCUUUCUUCGCCGUGCAGGUAGAAGAACUGCCCCGAGGAAGUGAUAUCGAGUGGCAGGGUCUCGGUUUCCGGUGCGAUAAACUCGAAAUGACCACCGAAGAACUGGAGUAUGGACGGCAGACCGUGGUGACCACUGGCCAGGAUUUGGGCUACAUCGGCAUCGAGGUCGAUGCGAGAUGGUCUGGGCUUGACCUCGAGUCUUGCCUCCGGUCGAUCCUGCAGAAAGCCACGCAAGGGUCGAAGAGCCCCCAUGUAGUCAUAUACACGACCCAGCCAUUGUCCAAUGAUCCAUCCUGGGGUCAGAUCAUUCCCUGCAAAUCGGCUUGGGGAUCGAAGGGUCGGCAGCUGGCCGCGGGGCGAAAAAAACCCGCUCCCGCCUGUUGGUUCCUCCGAUCUGAUCAGCUCUCGAUAACAACUUCCACUCAACCUAACAGAACCGGACGGUCUGACCAGCAAACACCUAUGACCUCUACACAGAGCCAGGAGGAAGAUGGGCUACUUCCAACACCCAACAAAGAUCCUGCAUCCGACCCUGAAGCUCACGAGAAUCUCCGACAAUUCUCCCGAUCCCCCCAUCCAUACACUCGUCCGGGUUCGCACUGUCCCUCGCUGCCUGUGGAUCCCGGCGACCGAGCGAAGCCCUCCCGCUGGCCCCGGACCUCGAGUGACAGCGGCACCGAAGCCGACGAUGAGAGUACUGGCCUUCUAAGAGGCUUGCCGGCUCCUCCGCUGCGACCGCGAAAAGGAUUGCGUUCGAGUAUCCAUGGCGCCGGCGAGAUCGAUCAGUGGCUCCCCAUCUUGCGCCCGUGGCCGUCGAUAACACGGUCCACCUCGCGGAGUUCGCGGCGGAGUUCUGGCGAGGAUGCGCAAGUCGGGGCCGCCGAGCUACGGGAACAGGAAUAUCGCAGAAAACGGGUGGCCGUUCUACAAAGGCUGCUGGAAACCGCACUGCUGCUCUCUGUGGGUGUUGUCGUCCUGGGACAGGAGCGUGUGAGAGCGGCCGCUUGGGCCUGGAAAAAAGAGCUUGCCACCUUUCUGAUCAUUGUGAUCGGUCUCUACACCGCAUAUCCUCUACAUCGCGAUGGCCGCCCGCGGCUCUCUCGCCUGUUCACCUUUGUCGUCCCUUCCGCCUUCGAUCCCGCUCCGUUGCUUUAUCCCGUAUUAAUACCCAUCUACGUUUCGCUGUCGCUGGCGCAUCACAAUCCUUCAUUGAUACUGCCUAAUAUUCUUCUCAGUCUUUCAUCUCUCCCUGUUACAAUCGUUCCGCUGCGCGAAUGGGUCCACGGUUACAGUGUUGUCCAUUGGCUGGUCACGUUGAUCCCGAUUGUCGUUUCGGAGCAUCUGUCGGCAGGUCCUUCAUGGCCGAAACCACUCACUCUUCGUGGCCUGGACGCGGAAGUCUUGACUCUUAUUUUUCCUUUCCACCAAGCGUUGAUACCCACUCUAGAUUUCUUGUUGACUACCAGCAUCCUUCCCGCAGAGCUGCAGCUUUUAACCACCGCUUUAAUCAAUCUCUACUUAUUUGCGACAUCCCCCCAGGCCGAAAUCCUCAAGGCAUUGCUAUGGCUGGGAGGCAUGUGCACCUUCAUCGCUUGCCGAGGUGUGCUUCGAUGGGAGGUUGCCUUGGCUCGAAUCCCGACCUGGAAGUUCCGACGCUCCCCUAGUGCUUCGCAGUCGCCUCGCGGCAUCUUCAAUGCGAUCGACCACAAACUCUGCCAAAAACUCAGCAGAACAGGCUCCUCGGAAGAUAAUCUCUCUGAUAGUGAUUCGGCCGAUGGGAGCUAUGUGCUGGUCUCCCGCAAAACAAUGUUCGACUCGCGGGAGAAAACGCUGUCCCACGGGCUAAGUAUCACCAAGCACGACAACGCGGGCAUGGAAGGCACUCGUCGGCGAUCCCGUACCGCGCAUCGCCGACGACACACUUUUUCGAGCUUCGACGAUGUCAAACGAGCGGAGAAGGUUAGAACGACACCGGGAGGUCGCAAGAAGCGAUCAAUGGCCCCCGGACUAGCCUCCUUCCUAUCACUCACUGUUCCUCAAGCACAAGUCCGGAAAUGGCUGUAUGCCCUGUAUGUUUACAUUGCCGUUCUGAUCAUUGUCAUGGUGCCCAUUCGGUACUAUGUCAGUGAUCGAGCAUUGCAGAACGGGGAGCCCUUCGGGUGGGCAUUGGGGUACCUCUUCGGUAAUAUAUCUGGGUUUAGAUUCUGGGUGCUCAUGUGGGGUUUGGAGUAUUGGAUUCCUCUUCCAUCUCGUCUGGAUAGCGACCCCUCCAAUGCAUCAUGUCCCUUUGGCUGGGUUGAGCAUCUGCGGCACGAUAUGUUCGGGGAGGCUAAUUCGCGCCUCCUGAUUGCUGCCUAUUGCAUCCUGGUACUUGUGACCGGCCUGGCUGUUGUGCUACAACUCAGUCCAAUCGCAGAGGUCGACACCCGACGCAAGGUUUUUCAUGGGAUGAUGGUCUCGAUGUUCCUUCCGACCAUUUACAUUGACCCCCUGUUCUGUGCUCUCGCGUUGAGCCUCGCCUUGGCUAUUUUCCUGCUUCUCGACUUGUUCCGAGCCUCUCAGCUGCCACCGAUCUCCCGGCCGCUGACGUAUUUCCUGGCGCCCUACGUGGACGGUCGCGAUCAUCGUGGUCCCGUCAUUGUCUCGCAUAUUUUUCUUCUCAUUGGAUGCUCUAUCCCCUUAUGGCUGUCCCUGGCCGAUAUUCCUCGGACAGGAGAGUAUCCAUGGGCGGGCUGGGACGUAAUGGGUCGCGAUGUCAGCAUGGUGAGCGGCAUUAUCUGUGUCGGGAUGGGAGACGCGGCGGCCUCCCUCAUCGGUCGCCGGUUCGGCCGGCGAAAAUGGUUCUGGGGCGGGGGGAAAUCGUUGGAGGGCAGCGUGGCUUUUGCAGUCGCUGUAACCAGCGGGCUGAUUGUUGCACGAACCUGGCUUACCGUGGGCCAAUGGUCCACGGACGGAAGUGACGGGACGAAUCUCAUAUACCCCUGGCUGCUUAUGGUGUUCAAAGCCAUCUUCGCAGCCGGCGGGACAAGCGCAACCGAAGCCAUUCUGACCGGGUGCAAUGACAAUGUCGUUGUACCGAUUGUGCUGUGGCUGUUAGUGAGAGGGCUUGGCAUUUGA